AUGAAAUACAUUGAAUACUCCUCACUCACCCGUCUCGCGCAGGCGCUGACACACGAGGGCCCCGAAUGCUCGGUCCAUACUCGUAUCGAGGCUUACAGCUGCAAGAACAUCAAACGCGACAAGAAGCUCUUCAAAACCCUCGAGCAUGCCUACAAAGACGAAAUAUCAAACUCACCUCCUCUUCCUUCGUGGCUCGCUCUCGACCAUGAGGCUGAAAUGACGCCCUUUGGCCCAAUGAACAAACACUCCUCAAGAAAGACACUUUACCUCCUGAUAGCAACCCUAAACAUCGCCUUCCCAGACCACGAAUUCUCUGAUGUCAAACCUGGUCAUUUCAGCAAAGAGGAGAGCGGGGCGAGUGUGCUGAACUCGCUGAGUAACACUCUAAUAUCGCCGCAUAGAGCAGGAAUGAACGCACCAAGAACUUACUCUUCUUACCCACCCACUUCCUCCGAUUUCUUUCCAUCUUCGGUACCCAGUGCCUCCUCGUCACCGUAUAAUUCCAUCAUCCCACAAAGCCCCUUUGCCCCACCCCCAAUAGUGUCUGGAACCCACCCGACAUUGUACCGAAUGCUUGAUGAAGUCAUUGGUCUUGCAGAUUGCGAGGUCUUCUCGUAUGCCCCAGAAAUAGAAGCAGAUCCGCAUGCGAACGACUAUUCUGAUGAUGAAGAUGAUGCCGCCUCAAUUGGCGACGAGGACUCUUCAAGUGACCUCGACGACGAAGCGCCCUUUGAAUUCGACGACUAUGACGUCGACGAGGUCAAACCACACCGUAGCAGUAGCAGUAGCCCCUCGAGUUCUAUCCUUCGACAAUCUACCCGGGCGUCGCUCGAUGAGAGCUUCCCCCGGCAUUCGCCAAUGUCUUCGUUCCCUCAGAUCAGACUGAAGCGCAGAGGGGCUCUGCUCUGGUCAUCUCAUUGGUUCUUCCUGAACCGGAAACUCAAGCGAAUUAUAUUUAUUUCCGUCUGGGCGCGGUCCAGGGGGGCUGGCAGAUCUUGGAUGAGCGAUGAGGAUGGGCUUGAAGCUCCACUUUCAAUAAACUUUGACGAGGACAGGGCGUUGAGUAAUGAGAGAUUCGUCGGAUGGGACGGAGCGGCUGGCCUUGGCGCGAGAGCGAUGGGUCUGGCCUCUGCCUGA